AUGGGGUUCAGCGAGGAUGAGACGUUCGUCCUCAUGGUGGGCACCGGGGUGUGCGGCGGCCUCUCCAUCUUGGGUUCGCUCUUCAUCAUCUUCUCGGCCCUCCUCUUUCGCAAGCUGGACCUCCAGUACUGGCGAUUCGUCGUCGGGCUCACCCUCGUCGACCUCCUCCUCGGCAUCUGCAUGGCGAGCGGCGCCCUGGCCUGGCUGGCCGGCUGGACCUUCACCGGCGCAUUGUGCUACAUGCAAGGCUGGACGAUCACGUUUGGAGGGCAGGCGUCCAAUAUGUACAUAUUGAUCAUAUCAAUACUCAUAUAUUCGGCCACCGUCCGUGGACAGGAAAUGAGCGUCCCCGUCGAAAUCGCGCUCCACGCGACGGCGUGGGUGUGGGGCGCGGCGUUCGCCGUGUUUCCCUUCUUCGGCCUGGACGACUUCCGCUACGUGCCUGCGGGCGGCUGGUGUUGGCUGGCCGAUGAGCCCAAGUACGCCCGGUUCGUGCUGCUCUACAUUGGGUCGUGGGUGAUCAUCGGGCUCAUCAUCGUGAUCUACCUCCGAGUGUGGCUCUUCAUUCGACAACAGGACGCACACAUCGCCAAAAAGAAGGGCCUGCUCCAUUCCACAGUGACCGGCACCGAAUCGGCGGAAGAGGUGCAGCGGAAGAAGACCACCCGGGCUCUCUUCAUCUACCCCAUCGCCUCGAUCAUCUUGUGGAUCCUCCCCUCGGUUAGCCGUGUCUACGAGAUCUGGCUGCCGCCGAUCUUCGUGCUCGUCGCUUGUCGCGGGGCGAUCGACGCCUUUGUCUAUGGGCUGACCUCUGGCGUGACCAAGGACAUCCAAAUGUGGUGGCGAGGGGAGCGGCCCUACCGCCUGAUCAACGCCGACAGCGUCUCCAUCAACAACCCCUCACUCAACGUCCCACAGCGAUCUUUCCACGAAACGUGA